AUGCAUCAAUGCUCCGCCUGUCAUACUAAGAUUAAGGACUCUGAAUGCAUGCAAUGUUGUGUCUGUGUGGCAUACUAUCAUUGCAUAUGUGUCGCCAUUUCGCCUGCUCAGCUUAAAAACCUAUCGACUGAAGUUAAGGCAGAUUGGCUGUGCCCUGAAUGUAAGAAUAAAAAGCCGCGCAGCGAUAACUCUAAUACACCGGUCCGACCAUCGACGCCCAGUAACCCCAAAGCUAACGUUACCUUGCGCCGUAAAGGCCCGGAUUCACUCCUUGAGUCAGACGCCGGUACGAGUUUUAAUGUAUCACGUUCGGAGUUGCGUGUUAUUAUACAGGAGGAGAUGAGGGUCAUCAUGGAAGAAUGCGUGAGAGAUUUGAAAGCUGACCUGAAUAGACAACUACAGGCUUUUAGGGGAGAGAUCACUGGUCUCACGGAAUCAAUACAAUUCAUGAGUGAUUCGUUUGAGCAAUGUAAAAAGGAUUUGAGUGGCUGUAAGACUAAAAUUGACACAAUUAUUAAGGAAAAGGAAACCCUACAGAGUGAUCUUAUCAUCAUUACUAGCCGUCUUAAUCAAAUGGAGCAAAUCUCUCGGGCAUCGAACCUGGAAAUCCAAUGUGUUCCUGAGCAAUCUGAAUGCAAGAAAACUUGGUUAAAUCUUAGAGAGUCUCACCGACGAGCUAUGAAGAAGCGUAAAACUAAGAGUGGUCAGGCAGCCCCGACGACGAAAAAGUGGACCUUUGAAGAUGAAAUGAGUUUUUUAGUACCUCAUUACAAAGAAAGAAAUACGAUCUCUUCGGUUGAUUAUGAUGACGAUUCAGAUGUUAGCAGUUUCUUGGGUAAUGAUGAUUCACAGAACUCAAUAAACAUUAUUCAGUCUCCAGAAAACUCACAACCGGAAACUUCUGCACUUUCGCCGCGUCCUAAGUCUUCUGCAUCUUCAGUUACAUCCAAAACUUCAAAAAAAAGUUGA